GCCGGAUGUCUAGCUGCACACUUUAAAAAUGGCAGCCAACCUAGAGCAAAUUUUUCAAGAUUUUAUUUUAAAUAAAAUAAAAGAAAUUGAAGACCAGAAUGUCGACAAAACUGUGGUCCUCUCGUAAAGCAAUCAAAUGUUUACAUUUUACUACGUUGUCUUGACAGUACUCCUCAAACUGUGGUUGCGUCCAGUGUAAUGACUUCAGAGGAUAAUAGAGAUAAAAAUAGUGAUGGCAAGAGUUUACAUAAGAAACAUAAGAAGCACAAAACACAUAAAAGUAAGAAGAAGAAGCGGAAACGAGAGAAGGAGGCAAAAGAGAGCACUUCUGAAUGCGGGGAAGUCUUGGACACUCAUUGCAGAAAAGGAUCCCCAAUAGAAAAUGAACAGCCAUGUGAUCAUGCCAGUAGCUCGAGAAGUCAUAAGCACAAAUCAGGAAAGAAAAAGAAGAAGAAGAAGAAGAAGAAGAAGAGGCAUAAGGAUGAGAAACAAAUAAAUUCAUCUACUUCUGACACAAAAGAAAAAAAGAGAAAAUGUGCUCAAAGCUAUUUGCCAAGGCCAUGUGAUGAGUUGCCUGAUAUCAUCCCAAAACAGGACAGCUCCACUGGAGAAAAAACAGACGAGGGAAAAAGGAGGCGCUCCCAUUCACAUUCCAACGGUUCACAUUCCAACUCGGAGGGAUGGAGUUCUCGACCUGGCAAACGAAAAGCCAGAUCUCGCUCACGGUCUAGUUCAGGGGGCCACCGCGCCUCAUCCAGAUCCUUAGACAACAGGGAUGGUUUGGAUGCAUCUACAGAGUCCAAACAAGAUGCUGCAAAAGGCAUCCGAUUGCCGUCUCCAAUUCCUAAAAGAAGAGACACAGAAGAACUGCAAACAGACAAGCCAGCCGAGAUCGCAACGGAAACCAUCAGAGACAAUUCAGUUUCAGGUUGUGCUGCACCUCCAUCCGUGCCAAAUCAGUCUAGUCGGACUCAUCAGACAGGUGAGCCUGUCCAGCCACAGCUAAAGGCAUCAGAACACAUCUCGGCCAGUGCGAGGAAAUCCCCUGCAAAAAAAAGACGUAAGCCAUCCAAGUCCCCAUCAAGGGGCAAAGAAGAGAAGUCAGCUAAGAGGCAGAAGGGGUCUCGGUCACCUUGUAGGACUCACAGGACGAGGACGAGGACGAGGUCCAGAUCCAGGAGUUCUUCAAGGAGAAGGCGAUCGCGGUCGAGGUCCAGAAACCGGAGGUCACGGAGGUCACGCUCUGCAUCACGAGAAGAGAGGAGGCGAACGAUUUACAGCCAGCGAGACCGCUGGAAACGAGAGCCAAGCACCUCGCCUGAGCUCAUCCUGCGCAGAAAAAGAUCCCCUACAUGGAAACAUGGAGCUCAACUUGACAGCUCUCAACGGAUCAGUGAAAUAGGCAAAGAGCAACUGCUAGAAAUUGCCAAGGCCAAUGCAGCCGCUAUGUGCGCCAAAGUGGGUAUGUCCAUCCCCGCCAGCCUGAAAAGCUCCAUGCUGCCGUUGUCGUUUCCAAGCAUGGCCAUGAAUGCUGCUAUGACGGCAGCCACCAUGACAGCUGCCUUGUCCAACAUCAACACCUUGUCCGCGUUGUUGCCACUGCCCACCAUAACCAACAAACCUCCUGGUGCAAACCUCAACAGCUCCAUAACUGCUGCAUUGGAGGAAGUUAAAAAGAAAGUAGCCAAGCAGGCAAACAGCAUCAGCAUUAAGGAGUUCACAGAUAAGUGCAAGAUGAUUGUGGAAAGCAAAGGUGAAUUGCCAGUGGCGGUGCCUCUUGUGCCAAUCGAGGAGGACGACGGGAAACCAUUUGGGGGAUUGGUUCUGCGUGAACAUAAGGCCAUCAGCUUCAACAUCAGUAACACGACAGUACGACCCACUGCCCGAAGUGAUGCAGGCAUGGCAAAAGAGUUUCCAGUGUCUUCAGGAUCUCAACACCGUAAAAAGGAAAGUAAGACAUUGGACGCCUAUGGAGAUUGGGUUCCAGUAGAAAAAGCGUCAGAUGAGGCAAAGACCAACAUUCCCAAGACGCCAGUCAGCUCUUCAUCAGUUACCAGUGAGACUUCGACAGCCGCAGAGUUGACGGGGACGGAUGAGGCAUCGGCGGCAGAUGACGAUAGCGUGUUUCCUGGUCCCCCACCGCAGCCUGUCGACAUCUCUCAGGCUGUGAGUGAGAGGAUCAAGGCUCAGAGGCGAUUGGCCGAGAACCCAUAUGACGUUAACGCCAUUUGCAUGCUUAGCCGGGCCCAAGAGCAGGUGGAUGCGUGGGCCCAGUCCAACACCGUUCCUGGUCUUUUCACGGGCUCUACAGGAGCCCAGGUCCUCUCCUCAGAGGAGCUGUCCAACAGCGGCCCACAGGCUUGGCUGAAGAAGGACCAGUUCCUCAGGGCAGCACCAGUAUCAGGCGGCGUUGGAGAAUUUUUGAUGAGGAAGAUGGGCUGGAGGGUAGGAGAGGGCCUCGGGAGGAACCGUGAAGGCACUGUGGAACCGAUUGUCAUUGACUUCAAGGUGGACCGCAAAGGAUUGGUUGCUGAAGGAGAGAAGUUACAGAAACCAACAGGGGGACUGGUGGUAACCAAGGACCUGAUGGGCAAGCACCCAGUAUCUGCACUUAUUGAAUUGUGCACUAAGAAACGGAUGACGCAGCCUGACUUUGUUAUGGUUCACCACAGCGGGCCGGAUCAUCGGAAAAAUUUCCUCUUCAAGGUCACGGUGAAUGGUGCCGACUAUCAGCCGCAAACAGCCAGUCCCAACAAGAAACAUGCCAAGGCCAUGGCAGCAACAGUGGCACUGCAGGCUCUUGGAGAGGUUCCUGUUGAUGGACCUGGACUCUAUAGUGGGCCUGUCUUCACGGCCUCUUCCACUGGGCCUCUGUUCUCCACGUAGACGUCGAGCAGUCACCCGGUUAUGUGACCGUUGUUGUUGUCUCAUCAUUUUCAAUCUGCUUCUGUCAUUAUACAGCACUGUGCAAACAUCUUAGGCCACUAUGAGAUUUGUUGUUCCAGCAAUGCUAAAAAGAUCAUGUAUAACUCGACGGUCUGUACUUCCUGAGUCAUGGGGAAUAAUGAACAGACAGACAAGAGGUGUCGUCGUGAUUUUGGAGUGGUGGAUGGUUCCAUUGCAAGAAUGAGUCAAAAUGAUUAGGGUUACCACCCUCAUCCAUAUUCUUGGCAAAAUGAAAUUGUUUCUUGUUUCUCAGGCCACAAAUAAAUCAUUUUGGAUUUUAUUUCAAUUCUGUUAACCCUAUAUCUUCCAAUUUUCACGCUUAAGAAGUCAAAUGACUGCUGUGGAAAAAAAAGAAGCAAAAGUAGUGGUGGCCUUUUGCACGGUGCUGCAUAUUGACAACAUGAAUUUGAACUUGGCAAAGAUUUUAAAAUGAAACACCAACAAGAAUUGUGAAAUAGUCUCAGUCAAUAACUAUGUUGUGCAGUUGUAGUACAGACAACAGAUUGUGACGCAAACUCAUGCACCAUGUAUUGAAAAUAAAAGUUAUUUAUGUCACGUA